ACCUCUCAGAGUAAACAGGAAGUGUUCUGUGAAAAUGACUUUUUUUCCUAGAAUUCCGUUGUUUACACUUACUGUACAUCAGCUGAUCAGCGACUACGAGGGCAGCCCUCAUAUGUCCCUCUGCAGUCAGUGAUGAGUCUGUGCGGCCUCCAUUCACACUACAGGGACAUGGAGUGUUUGGAAAAGAGGAAAGAGUGUUAAAACAUGAGUGGUUCCAUCAUUUGGUCAGGGCACGUGUUCAUGGGCAGGUUCAGACAGCACCCACAGGGUUUUUGUGUGAGUGAGUGUGUGCGUGUGUGUACACUUGUGGGGGGGUGUAUGUGUUUAGGGGGGGGACUCUUCUAACCCACUGAAGCAGAGCCACAGACCAGACCACUACAGCCAGGGAGGGAACAACCCAGACUCCAGCACAAGGCAGAAGACACGUCCCAGAGGACUGAAAGAGGACAGUGAGAGGACCCAGUGGACAGAGAAGACAGUAAGAAGACGGAGAGGCCAGAGUGGACAGUAAGAGGACCCAGAGGACAGAGUGGACAGUAAGAGGACACAGAGGACAGAGUGGACAGUAAGAGGACCCAGAGGACAGAGUGGUAGCAGGAGUGACAGGACAGACCUGGACAUCCUGGGAGGCUGCUGCUUCAUCUGUUUCUAGAGGUAUCAGAGCAUCUUUGAGCUGUGUUGCUUGUAAGAUGACUACUUUCUGGUUGUGGCUCCUCUCCUUCCUGUCAGCAUCAUGUGUCCUUUCUUCUGAACCGCCUGGGGUCAAAAUCCGAAUCACUGACCGGGGCCUGGACAUGUUGAAGGCAGAGACACAGCGCUUCGUGGAGCAGGAGAUCAGUGACAUUGUGAUGCCAGAGAUGCUGGGGAAGGAGGGCCGCUUCCAGUACACCAUCACAGAUAUAAAGAUCAUAGCCCUGGACCUGACCAAUGUGGACUUGAGCUUCAUCCCCACAGUGGGACUCCUCUUCGACGUGCAGAACUCCUCCAUCACCCUCAGCUUCCACCGUCGCAUCCUCUACUGGUUUUUCUAUGACACAGGUCUGAUCAACGCCUCAGCAGAAGGGGUCAACAUCCACACAGCCCUGACCCUAAUACGAGACCUGGACGGAAGGCUGAAGAUCGGGAACAUGAGCUGCGAUGCCAAGAUCAACCGCAUGAGGGCAGAGUUUAGUGGGACACUCAGUAAAGUGUACGACUUCCUAGCAAGUUUCCUGACUACCGGGAUGCGCUUCCUCCUGAAUCAGAAGCUGUGUCCCGUGCUGGACCAUGCUGCUUUGGUCCACGUAAACUCCAUGUUGGACACUAUCCCUGUGCGCACUGAAGUGGACGACUAUAUUGGCAUAGACUACUCUCUGCUGAGAGACCCGCAGGUGUCCCAGCGCAGCCUGGACAUGGACUUCAGAGGCAUGUUCUUCAGCCUGGCCAAUGAGAAUGAGCAUCUGCCCAACCUGGCAGUGGAGCCGGUGAUCCAGGAGUAUGGCCGCAUGGUGUACUUGGCCUUGUCUGAGUACUUCUUUGACAGUGGCAUGUUUGCAUACUACAAGGCCGGCAUAUUCACUAUGGACAUCGCUAAUGAGAGGAUGCCCAGGGAUCUGGAGGUGCUGUUGAGGACCACAUACUUAGGAGUUAUUGUCAUGAUGAAUGCUGCUCUGGUGGACUCGCCCAUUGCUCUGUACCUGACAGUCACGUCUCCACCCAAGACAUCCAUCAAGACAUCAGGGGCCACCGUGUCUGUAACAGCUAAUGUCCGUGUGAUGCUGCUGCCCGCAGGGAGAGAGCCCAUCCAGCUCAGCAGCAUGACCAUGGAGAACAAAUUUAAUGCUAAAGUGUCAAUGAAAGGCAAGAGACUGGCCGUGCAUGCUGACCUGCGGAGGUUUAAGAUCUUCUCCAAUCAGUCAGCUCUGGAGUCUCUGGCGCUUAUCCCACUGCAGGCUCCUCUGAAGACCAUGCUGCAGAUGAGUAUAGUCCCCCUCAUCAACAACUGGACCAAGCGUGGUGUGAGGAUUCCUCUGGCAGAUGGCAUGGACUUCAUCGAGGAGGUGGUGGAGUAUCAUAAUGGCUACAUUGUGAUCGGAGCAAACCUGCACUUCAGCAAAGGCCUGAGGGAGAUGAUCCAGGGGAACACCACCAGAGCCUCAGACCUCUGAAUGCACCAUAACCCCUUAUUCACCCCCUUAUUCACUACAUUGUAGUAGGCUGGGAGAAUAGAAUCUGUUUCUCUAACAUGAAUACGUCAUUUUGUGCAAAUGUUUUCUUUCUGAGAUGAAAUGUCAAACCUCACCCACAGGGUGCCAAAAGGGUGGGGGCCGGUUCUAGUGUGUGCUCCAAGAGUUGAGUCUGACUCAACUACAGUCUACAGGACUGAGGCCCAGACAGAAUGACCAGCCCAUCCUGGUGCUAAGCACCAACACAGACUUCCCCAGGCCAUUAAAGGAUUCUGAUUUCAAAGGGUCACUGUGUAAGUGUGAGCGAAUGUCUGCUUUUGGACACUUUGUAUUUUUCUAUUCAUUCUGUUAUAUAGGCUACAAAGGUAGACCCCUGAUAAACUCAUAGAGCGAUAAAAAGCAUUGUGUCAUUUUUAGGUUUAAGAUUGAGAUUGUGUUACUUGUCAUAUUUUGUAUGUGCUCAUUUUUAUAUAAAGCACUUUAUAGUUUUGUGUGUUUACUUUAUAAAUAAAAUGGAUUGUUGCUCAGAAACCCAUAUAGGCUCUCAUAUAAACGCAUAUGCCUGCAUUUUCAACCAUGUUUGUGCAUGUUAAAUAAUUCAAAUUAUUGUGUAUGUUAAAUGAUACUAGUCUAUUGCAGAAAACUGAAUAUCAUGAAAAGUUCAAUAGCUUUUACUCACUUCAGAAAGUCAAACCCAAAUAUUAUCUUGACUCAUGACACUUUGGGGCUGAUCUUGCCCCCAAUCUUAACUACUGCAAGCGUUAAGGAGGGGGCGUGUCCAGGUCCUGUACUUCGCUGCUGGAGGUUAGAGUGGGACGGUACAAGUACAUAUAUGGUGACGGCAUCUGAACCAAUCUGUGACCGCUUUGGCAUUUAAAAGCACUGUCUGUGUGGGUAUAUCUGUGUGGGUAUGUCUGUGUGGCAUGAGCGAGUGGGUCUACCUUGAGGUCUUGUGGUAACUACUGAUUAAACCAAUAAUUAACAAUUACAUUAACAAUUACUCACAUAACUAGAGGAAAAAAACAACAACGCCACCUGGGGGAACCAGCUAAUAUAAAAGGCACACAGGUUCGUUGUUGAUGAACAGAGGCAUAAUUCUUUGUAUAGGCGUAAACAUUGAGUUUCUGCAUGGGAAUGUCAGCACAGACUCCUUGUACAAGUAUGAUUUUCUAAUAUUGGAAUAAAUAAAUUAU